AUGGAGGUGAAUGUCGUCCACCUUGUGCAGGCGUUCAUCUUCUUCUCCAUGUUCGGAGGUGUGGUUCAAAGGGUUUAUGUUGUGAUAGAUUGAAGAACUUUGUUUCGAAAAAAUGUAGUUUAAGCGGCUAUUUUAAUACUAUUUUUGAAAGCCUAAACCCUUUACAAGUCUAUCUUUAAGCCCUUUUUGACGAAUUCAAAGCAUUACCUCCUCAUUUAUGUAUAAAAAUACUACAAGGUAUCAUAACAUCAUUAGCAAUUUUACUUGAAUAACAUAUGAUUAAGCAGGUUGUGUACGUUUUCCAUUAUAAUUAACAACUUUACGUAGACAUACUGCUCUCCUACCCGUGUUACCACCAUAACAAAGGUCGUUAAAGUUUGCAAAGAGUGUUCUCGUUAGGUCCAGGCUGAGUAAUAUUCUAGGUUGAGUGUCUUUUGCCCAUUACUUUCCAUGUGACUCGUUACGUCGUCAUAAAUUUCAUUCCCUAUGUCAUAAUAGAAGUGACCCUCAAAGCAUGUUAUCACCAAUGACACUUUGAAACUUUGUAGUCAUAGCUAAACGUUGUCUAAAAGAUAUAUUAAUGUAGAAAUGCACUUCCUUAAUCAAACUAACUUUAAGAAGCUAUAAAUGUUAUCCUUAGCUAAUAAAACCUCAACCUUUCCAUUUCAGUCACUUCGGCAGGUAUCGGCUGUUUCGUCUGUAGCUCGUUCAACCAAGGUAAUCCCGAAUGUGAGGACAUGUUCAACUCGACUGUCGCACAAAGUGCCAAGGGUUCUAUCGCCAAUUAUCAAUACCCAUGUUGGGCGUUCAAGAAAGGUCGACAAGGCUUGUUUCCAGCUGACCACUGUGUCAAGGUCAAAGGAUAUCAAAGUAAGGCUGUGUUGUGUCAGUUAUAAUCAUAUCAGUAAACCAACUUAUAUCACUAGUAUAAAAGAGUAAUGUACCUGUUUAUAGCCGAAGAUAGUACCCAAACCAUUCUAAUACGAACAUGUGCUCUAGACUCUGGAACGUUAACGGCUGACACAGGUAAGAAAUUGUUUUUUAACUAGUAAAUACUUCUUUUCAGAGCUAAAAAUGCAUACGUAUUAUUAAAAACUAGUAUAAUAUCGACAGAAAACUUAAUAGACAACAUUUUUGUACUGCGUAUUACACGCGCAUCUUUAUUUUUCAGGGUCUCGAAGCGAAAACCUUUUUCUGUUUUAACUUUCAAAAACAUUUUAUUGUUGGCGACGAAACUAUUCUAGUUUCCAAAUUAAACCUAUAGAAAGUGUUUUAGAAAUCGUUCGUAUCAGCCACUGUGGUCACUUCAAGUACGAGGAUAAGCAAUAUACGGGUUGUGUGCAGUCCUGCGACACGGACGGCUGUAACGCUGUCGCGGGGGUGAAGAUCACCGAGCUGGUGGUCCUAGUAGGAUUGGUGUUGUUCUCGGUUCUCUAG